AUGGGGUUGCGAGAUACAUCGCCAGCGGAGAGUGGGGACUCUGACAGGUUUCCAUGUGGGGCAUUCCGAAAGUUUUACGCCCACCCAGCCUCCCUCGCCACCCGCCGCGGAAAAUUCCAUGAGGGAGAAGGGAUGCUAAGAAAAAGAAGAUCCCAACCAAUCCCAGCGCAAACCGGCAAAAACAAGAGACCUUCCGGCAUUAGUCUGCCCCGUAUGCGGUUGACGCAGUGUGUGGGAAAAUUGGGCAAACUCUGCGCCGAAUGUCACGGCACGGAUAUCACCCCACGAGCGCGCACAACAGCCAACGCGCCAAAUACGAAGAAACAGCUCUGCAUCGCUUGGGUUGCAUCGUCCUUCAUCCACUGCGGGUGA